AGUACCACCACAAUGGCAAGAGUGUAUGUAUGCUUUUGUGUUAUGCUUGUGAUAAUGCGCAGUACCAAAAGUCAGUUUAUGAAUACGAGCGUUUUAACAAGGAUAUCCACACCAACACCGACUUCAUUGAAAACAACAACUCCUGAUACUUCUUUUCUAUCAUCGGCCGAUAUUUUAAAUUCCACAUUUCGGGGUUCCAUGGAUGGUGUUACGGCUACACUCAUGCAUAAUAAUAUAUCAGCAGCAGCUAUAACUGCAGGACCGUCAUCACCAAGCAUGGUGCCAUCAUCGACUAUAAAAACAUCAAGCUUGAGCAUUUCUCCCACAUCUUCAGUAAAAGGAAUUGUGUAUCCACCAUCAAGUGGGAAGAUUUUUACUUUCCUACCUGGAUCAACUGCAAAGAUAGUGUGGACAUAUGAUUAUUCUAUAUCUUCUAUUGUUCUACGGUCAUGGGAAUUCAGGAGUACAAACGUUACCACUCCGGUGAUGCUUGCUAGUAUCACUCGUGAUGGUAGCCCUACGAUAUUCGUCAGCUUUCCUGUGAUUGCAGUAGAAAAACCAUCAACAUUAAUUUUACAGAAUGUUGAUCACCGUUAUGAUGGAAAAUACAGAUUCACUGUUUCAGCAUUUACAGCUCAUUCUUCCUCUGAAGUUGUCGUCUUCGUUGCAGAGAAGCCAACCGUGACAUUGAAUUGUUCCAGUCCAGUCACGCUAAAUGAAGGUGAAAACUUUGCGUGUCUAUGCAGAGGUGAAGGUGGAAAUCCUCCUGCUAAUGUUACCUGGUUUAAAAAUGGAGUCAAAAUUACUGAUGUUGGAAUAGAAAGACAAACAUUGAAACUCUCAAAUAUUAGUAGAACAGACAAUGGAACAUACAAAUGUAAAGCCACAAGCUACCCCCAUCAAAAUUAUACAGACGAAAAAUCAUACCAAGUAAUAGUUUACGGUCCUCAAGAAACAGAUGUACCAAUUGACUCUCCUUGUCGGCCAUUUUACAACAAAACUAAUCUGCCUCAAGACAGCAUUGAGAUGGCACAUUAUCAAAUGCAUCCAUUCUAUCCCUUAGUGUACACCUACUGUUCUGUGAAUCUUUUACCAUUAAUUUGUUCCAUUUAUCUUCCUGUGUUGGAUAACGUUUCCAGCAAGAUUCUACCACCGUGUUGGGAUUUGUGUGAUCAGGUCUCGAUGGAUUGCAGUUAUGCAAUUAGGAAAUUGAAAUUCCCAAUUUCGACUUUAUUACAACGAUGUUCGUCCAAGUCCGCUCCAGGCAAUGCCACAAGUACAAAGUGUUUCCGGCCAACAGCUGCGCCUACGCAAAUAGAAUCUGAUCAAUCAUGUUGCUUUACUGUGAAACCGCAUCCAUUUUGCAUCCCAUUCUUCGGUCAAUCCUCGCUCAAUAGCAGUCAACAAGAUGAAGUUAUUUUCAGCUUGAGCACGUAUCUUCCACUAUUUCACGCCCUGGAAUCACUAAACCAGCAAUUCUGUGUAGCAAAGUUAUCAGAAUAUCUUUGCCUGAAAAAAUUCCAAUAUUGUGAUAUGCGCUUUGAAGAGGAAAGUGGUGGAUGUUCGCCAGGUAUUUUCAAAGUACCCAGUGAACUUUGUUCGUACAUCACAGACGCUUCGUCACCUUGUUCUUUGAGUCGUAUCAACACCACUCUUCAAAACGCUGGGUAUAAUAUUCCAAUAAUAAUGUCAGAUUUUCACUGCUCGACAUUACAAUCAUCCAUUCAUGUUGAAGAACAUUCGUCAAAUAUUCCACUCUUACCACAAAUAUCAAGCACAGUGGCAUUACCAUUUCGUUCAUCUGCAUUUUACCCUAGUCGAGUUUCAAGAUCAAUUAAAUCUGAAGCAUCAGGAAAUGUGGUUACUACAUCCGUGUUAAAUUCAACAGUUUCACCUGGCGAUAUCUCUGCCACACUUUCCGCAAGGCCAAGUAGUCAACAUAUUGAGAUCGGUACAACAAACAGGCCUUGGUUACCGCAAACAACAAAGUCCCAAAUCACAGAUGGUCUUCGUAUUCCACGGUUAACAAAUUUUUCAAUAGCAAAGCCAAGUUUAAGGAGCUUUAACAUUAGUUGGAAUAAUUUACCAAGCACGAAGGAGAUCAAGGAAUAUGGUAUAUUGUGGAGAAAGAUAGUGGAAGCUGAUUCUUCAAGUGGGGAAACUAAUUACCAGCACAUUCACUCCACAAAGAAAUAUUAUAUAAUAUUCAACAAUAUAUCAACACUAAAUUCACAGUACGAAGUGUUGAUAACGGCGAUAGGACAGGAUGGGAUUCCGCAACCGUUUACCAUCGUUAAUUUGCCGCUAAGCAAAAGUUUUUGUCCGGGUGAAGAAGUCGGUUCUCCAGAAGCAUAUGGGAUUUUCCAGUGGCCAGAAACUCCAGUCGGAAACGUUGCUACACUUGCUUGUCCUUAUAACAAUGAGUCUAUCGCGAGUCGUGAUUGUUUUUCAACAUCCGAAACAGAAAGUGGAGGUUCUUGGGGGACGAUUGUAGUAACGAAAUGCAAAUAUAAAGAUUCGCGGAGUAAAAAUCUCUUCAUUUUAUCACAGAAUAAAGUUAAUAGUAGCAACGUUGUGAACGUCACUAAAGAGCUAAGAGACUUGUCUUCAACUAAUCAAAGCAACACUCUUAAUCCUGGUGAUAUUGACUAUAUCGCUACAAUAUUAGAAAAUAUUGCUCUGGUGAAAGAAAAAGCAAACGAGAUUCUUGACGACUUCCUGACAACUAUAGACAAUGUGCUGGACUCCAAACUUAAGAAUAUUCUAAAAAGUCAAGAGGAUCGAAACUCAUCGUCAAGGAUUGUCGAAACUCUGAACAUCUUCGCAGAAUCAUUAGUUAUUGGCGCACAAGGCAAAAUUGAGAUUGCGAAAAGAAACUUCGAUAUUAACUUACAAACGGUGAAGCCACAGAAUUUUAGCGGACUUAAUUUUUCGGGUAUUCAAAGGAGAAUGAAUCAAUCAGAAAGGAAAAAUAUUACUUUGAAUAAAAAGAGCAAUGAAGUACGGCAAGUCUUAUCUCCUUCGCUCACAAUUCCACGAACAAUAUUCAACGAAUCCACGGGUAAAAACAGUUCCUCAAACCAGACAGUGAUAUUUGUGCUCUAUAGAGAAACAAAAUUUUUUAGAUUAUCAUCUAUUACCAGUGGGACAUCGGGUCGCUUGAAUAGUCUUGUAAUUUCGGGAAGUAUUGAAGGAUUGUCAGUUUCAAAUUUAAGUGUUCCAGUGAACAUUGCAUUACCAAGCCUCGAAAGAGGUGACACGAAAAGCACCCAGUGCUCUUACUGGAAUUUCAGCGCUGGAAAUUGGUCGCAAGAAGGUUGCAAGUUUGAACGCGUUCUUGAAGAUGGAAGAGUGCUUUGUAGUUGUAAUCAUUUUACCAACUUUGCAAUGUUGAUGAACAUAGCUCCAGGAAAGAAGACUGUACAUGACAAAAUACUUGGUGUAAUAAGUUACGUUGGCUGUGCCCUCUCAUUGGUUGGGCUCAUCUUGACAAUAAUCACAAUACUAAUUUUGAGGGAUCUGCGAAACCAAGUUCCAAGCCAGAUUUUGCUGAACUCUGUAUUGCUUUGUCGUUGA